CGCCGUUAAAACGAUUCCUUCCCAGAGUAUCCGCUUCUUUUUUUUUUAAAUCAUUGUCGUUAUCUCCACCGUCUGUUUUCCCUUCCGCUAUAAAUUUUCAAUGGCGACGAUUAAGAAGCUCGAAGAUGAACGACUAAGAGCCGUUGAUCUAAGCACCAUAAACGGCGUCAGAAACGUGGAAACUUCUAAACUCUUUGAAGUGAACAACAACACAGUUCCCAAGACGGAGCCGUCGUCGUUAGAGUCUCCGUCGCAGCAAGUUCCGUCUAUUUCAAUGGCUUUGGCUCCACCGAGACCACCAUUGAAGAGAGCUUCGACUAAAGACCGUCACACCAAGGUCGAAGGUAGAGGGAGGAGGAUACGGAUGCCCGCCACGUGUGCGGCUAGGAUUUUUCAACUUACUAGAGAGCUUGGUCACAAGUCCGACGGCGAGACGAUUCGGUGGCUGUUGGAGAACGCGGAGCCGGCGAUUAUCGCCGCCACGGGUACGGGAACGGUUCCUGCCAUCGCUAUGUCGGUUAACGGAACGUUAAAGAUCCCAACGACGACGAACGCUGAUGCUGACGUGGCAGAUAAUAAUAACCCGGCGAAGAAGCGACGUAAGAGACCUUCUAACAGUGAGUAUAUAGACAUAAACGAAGCUGUCUCGGUUUCGGUUUCUUCCGGUUUAGCACCCAUUUCUUCCGGUUUAGCCCCUAUUUCUUCCGGUUUAGUACCUAUUUCCUCCGGUUUAGCGCCUAUUUCAUCCGGUUUAGCUUCUUUAACGACCGUGGCUCAACAGACCCUGCCGCAAGGGAUGAUUCCGAUGUGGGCGAUUCCAUCAAACGCGGUGAUUCCGGGUGUCGGAGCGUUCUUUCUUGUGCCACAAGUCACCGGUCCGACGAACCAGCCUCAGAUGUUAGCUUUUCCGGCUGCUUCGUCUUACGUCGCCGCCGUUCAGCAAGCUUCUUCGAUGGCUAGACCACCUUUUCCUCAUAUCGUACCGAGCGACGGCGUCGUAUCAGUUCCAGACGUUACAUCAGUUAUGGCGCCAAGCUCAAGCUCCGGCGUAACGAACAGAGGUUCGUCGUCUACGACAAACAUGCUGAGAGACUUCUCGCUAGAGAUUUACGAGAAACAAGAGCUUCACCAGUUCAUGUCUACAACAGCACGGUCAUCCAACCACUGACGAAACGACGGUGUAUUGGUGAUCAACGGGCACGUGACCACGUGAGGGAGGGAAGUAAAGACGCGCACGUGUUAAGUGGGGCUAGUUAUUUUUAGGCAGAGGUGGGGGGUCCACGUCGUUUGGUGGGUCAACACGCACCAAAACCAAAAAGCAGAGAGGGGGGCUCUGGCGAGUGGGGGGGGAGGAGGGAGAGUGGGCCACACAGUUCCCACCUUACGCAUUACUUCCGAGGCGGCCAGGUUGGGGUGUGGUCCCCGUUUGGUAGGGCUACGUGGUCCGUUUUGGUGGGCCUCUCCUCACCACUUUGUCUUGACUUUUUGGACUUUGAUUUUUCGCUUUGGAAAAUACAAAUAUUUAUAUAUUUGCCAUAACAAGGAUUUUAUUGAAGCUGGAAGCCCUGUAAUAAUAUCAAGUCAUGGACCACCCAACAACAAUUGUGAUAUUGAUGUUUUCAUUUUUAAUCUGUAAUCAUAUAGUAAGUGAUAUAUUUUUUUUGAAUAAUUUGUUUAAGCAUUUCCUUUUUAGAUAAUUCGUUUUUUUCUACAAGUGUAAAAGCUUUACUUUAUUAUUUCCUUUUGAUUUUUUCCAAAAAAGUCUCAUCCGUGUCUAAAUAUUGGCGGGGCCAAGUAGCUUGCUUGUACCACUAAUACGGCUUCGUCUCGUGGGGCCUAAACCUUCCCACUCAAGGACGCGAGUUGGUCACCACCACCGGUGUUUAAAGCUAAAAAAAUAUAAAAAAGAACAGGCUGGCGUGGGUCACAGCUCUGUCGAUCAGAUCAUAGCCGUUCAUUUGCAUAUUCUCUCAUCAAGUCCUACCCGUUGAUUAUAUUUUCUUUACUUCAUUGGUUCAUAUUUUAUUCGCGUCUCAGCG